AUGGCAGUCCAAGACCCAGUUGCCGGUCCUUUCCAAGUCUUUGUGCGUUGGCGACCACUACCAGCCAGCGAGUUGCCCGGAACCGAACUCCAACAUAGCGCUACACAACAGGACUCGAAACUCUCGGUAUCCUUUUCUUCGAGUGCUAACCCAGGUCGGCCUGAGACAUGGAAGAGCGGAGCAUCCUACACACACGUCUUUACAGCGGCUGACGACAACAGCGUUGUCUACGAACACGUCGUUGCGGCCACACUAGCCCACAUCUUGAAGGGGGUAACCUGCAAUUUCUUCGCCUACGGACACUCUGGCAGUGGGAAGACACACACGAUCAUUGGCUACGACUACGAGCGAGACCAGCGGCUUGGCUUAUGUUUGGCGGCGGCACGAGAUGUAUUUCACGCUCUGGACCGCAUCAUUGAGUUUGACAUGAACCGGCAAGCAGACUCGAAAAGCAGAGGAGAAGAGCUAGGCGUUGCGGUCCGGAUGUACGAAGUGCGUGGUAGAUACGCAUACGAUCUGCUCAACAACGGCGCCGAAUGUCAUGUCCGCGAAGGUCCUGAUGGCCGCACGCACAUUCGCGGGCAAACUGAAAUGCUUGAAAACGGAAGAGUAAGGGUACGUCCCAUUGCUGCGAAGCCAUGUUUUUCAUUCGAGGAGACACGUGCGACGAUCCUGGACGGCCUGGCAAAGCGCAAAACGGGGUCGUCGUCAGUGCACGAGGAGAGCUCGCGCACACACGCCGUGGUGGAGCUAGAAGUCGUGAACAAGACUUUGUUAGAGGCGCGUGAUGCGGUGAUUGAGCGCGAGUCUGAACUCGUACCCGUAGGCAAACGCGCCACGGAUAUUUAUCUGGAAGAGCAGAUGGCGAGCCUCAUUCGCAACUCUGACGGCACAUACAUGCCGAACCCAGAGUGCCCUCCCAACCAGACGCGCAUCGACGCCGCCGAAGCAGAGAAGAAACUCUACCAAGACCGCUUAGUCGCCGCGGAAGAAGCAGUUGUUGCGUGCUUUGCGACGACUCGCCACGCCUGUCUAGGCGGAAAAUUCGUCUUCGUAGACCUCGCGGGGUCCGAGUACUUUGACCAAAACCAACAAGCCUCCACUGCACCAAGACAGACAAUGCAGGAGCAGAAGCAAGGUCGCCAGAUUAACACCGAUCUCUUUGCGUUGAAGGAGGUCAUCCGUGCCCGAGCACAGAACCAGUCUCGUAUUCCGUAUCGAGCGAGCCCGCUGACGAUGGUUUUGCGCAGUCACUUUGAAGCCAGAGGCACAAGCCAGGAAAAGCCGUCUCGUUCUGCUAUGAUAUUGACUGUGUCGAGUGAAGAGGCCAUGAUGGCUGCUACGAGGAAUACGUUGAAGUAUGGAGGGUUGGUUGGAUUGGCCGGCGGUGAAUGA